AUGGAAAAAAUAACAAAAUCUCCUUUAAGUUUUUUAUAAAGUUUUGGGGAUACUUAGCCAUUAAUAGAAGAAGAAGAUAUGAUUCCAACUAAAUUAAAGAAUAUUAGAUUUAAUCAUAAGUAUCCUUUUGGAUGUGUCCCUUCUUUUGAAAAAAAAUAAUAAAAUACCAAAAAAAAAUGUGACUAUGUAAUUCUAACGGAUUAGCUCCAUGAAUGGAAUAAUUUUCUACAUUAAAAGUUUCAAAAAAGCUAGUAGAGUUGA